AUGUGUUUCCAAGAGCCCGUUAUCCUGGUAGCCUUCGGGCCAUUCCACGUCGGCCGCACGGCUCCACCCACUCUAUUGCUGCCCCACAGGAGCUUCGGGGGAGGAGCGGCUUUACUUGUCACUGUCAGAUUACCGUCAGUUCCUGUCCCAGUUCUGGGUCACCGACCACGCCUGAAGAGCAACCACGAGUGCGGGCAAACCAGUCAGGGUAGGCGGAGUCGGGGGGAGGGGGGGAGGCAGGCAUCAUGGGGGGACAUGGCUCCAUCCGCACGCGGCCUGGAAGCAACGUGGGCCCAGACAUGA